AUGUGCACAUAUAAGGGUCAGAAGGCGUUUUGUUUGCACGGCAUUUUGUUUUCCACUGUGAAGCCGGAUAACGUGGUCAUCAUCGAUGCCAAACCCAGAGUACUGACAGAUGUGUCUGUGAAUGUGUCCGGGAACAUUGUCGUGCAAUGCCGGGAAUUUAUGAAUCUCCGUAGUCUGUUCACGCAUAGCAUGGAUUCCUCAACGGCGUACAUCUUCCGUGCAUCGCAAUUGUCAACUGAGCAAUGAUGGCUUUUCAAGGAUACAGCGUUGUCAAACUCCUUGACUCCGAGGAUUUAAUAACUAUUGUCAGUAACACUUGGCUUAGAGAAGAAGGUUCGUACGCUCAAAUACCUUCAGUGCGGGGUACGCACUACUAUGCAGCGGUGAAAAAUCACACUGCGCCGGAUGUCGAUGUGGUCAGCACUGCCGUGUCCAUAAUCGUUAGCACGAUUAGCUUCCAGCAUGCCCGAGAAAUGGAACGGCAAUCUGAGCGCGGGAUGCUGCCAUCGACAGACGAUACAAUUCCCAUGGGCCUUCCAGCUAAGCGUGCAAUACGCCGGCCCGUCCGUUCUAGCUCCGAUGACGAGGAUGCCGCGCGUCCCAGCAAACCCAAAAGGCCUUCUGCAGCAACAUACGCACGUGCGCCCUCCUCUCUGUUCAGUGGCAUUAGUCCAUCACGUCCAGGGCCAUCAACAAGCAACCUAAUCGCGCCCCCGGUUAUUGCUGACGUCGCACCAUGCAAUCUGGAUGUGCUGCAGGAACUGCAGGCCAUAAAAUCCUUAUUUUUAGAUGAGUUGUGUCUCAUUCGAUCAGAAUUGGUCGGCCAUCGCCGCAUGUCCGAAGCGAUGUUGCAAAUGCUACAACGACAAUCCCAAAGUGUUGCGCCGGGACUAUCUCUGCCAUUCAUCUCUCUCAGUGAGCUAAAGAGAUAUGAUGAACGGCUGAAGGACCCCGAUUUCAAAAUCAGAGUCGUCAACCAUUUAUGUGCUGUGCACGGUGAUAACGUGCAACUCAUCGUCCGGGGUACCAUGGAGCGGCUAAUGACAAGAUCAGUUGCCGCGGAGAUAAAUUACUCCGGCGCUAGAGGUUCGUUUGCAUUCAGGCGAACAAAUAUGAACGGCCUUGUACAAGGCAUCAUUCGGCAACGCAUGGGUGAUGCAGCCUCGGAUGCUGACAUUACACGGCACAUCAAAACGUGGUUGCAUUCUGCACGGCACAAAAGACCGCCGGUUGAGCAAACUAAAGUAUGCAGUGCGAAUGAGGUGAGUCCCCUGCUUCCUUAGGCACAUCUUUAGCCUCCUACGUUGACACUCGCGGAAGCGGAUUAACAAUAUUGACUAUGCCGCUUUCUGCUACUAACGUUCUUUGUACUGCACCCCUUCAUGUAUAUAUAGCAUUCC